UACCUACUGAAAAGAGAUUAUAUUGAAAACGGGCAAAAUGUCUAUCAUCGAACGAUGAGUUCGAUUGCUUGUGCCUAGGGGUACAGACGAGAAGAGUAACUGCAUGUUUCGCUCUGGUCUGCUUUUAAGAGCUCGUGAACAUGUUGUCCUCCUCCUGUAGCCUGACAGAAAUUCAGCGACGGAUAGAUGAGGUGACGCAGUUUCUUUCAGUGACCCUGAGCAUCGCUAAUGCUCACACCGUGGAGUUUUACACACAUGACGUGUGGGAUCGUUUCAUGGCGGUGCCACCGGAGGAUGUGCUACAGGCCGUGAGCGCCACUCGUGACCAGCAGGGGGCGCCACAACACAAAGAGAAAGAGCAAAGCAGCACCAUGUUUGGGUUUUGCAAAGAAACAAAGCAGUUGGUUGACAUCCAUGAGCUUCUGCUAACGGCCAAGUCUCUCUCUCUUCCUGGGCUCGAGGUCUGUUUGAGCAGAGAUGAGCUACUGCAGACCUUCAGAGAGAACAUGUCUGAGUCUGGCACUCCACCAGCAGAGGCAGGUGCUGAGUUUGAGACAGAUGAGUUCAUGAACUCUAAGAAAUCCCAUGAAGUCCAGUCCAUGUCUGAGGUGGUGGCCUGUUUAGCCAAAUAUUGUGGGGUGAAACAGGUGAUAGAUGUGGGCUCUGGAAAGGGUUACCUGAGCUCCUUCCUGUCCCUGCACUACGGCCUUGGAGUUUACGGAAUCGACUCCUCCAGCAUCAACACCCGUGGAGCCCAGGAAAGGAACAGGAAGCUGAAGAAAUUCUCGAGGGCGUACCAGAAACACAGCAGGACAGCGAAGGCUCAGGGCGAAGCCACACAGCCGCGCCUGGCGGACUUUCAAACUCAGACGGGCGCUGAUGGAGACGAUGGCGUUUUAUGUGGUGGUGCAGCGGGGAUCCCACCGCAGGAAGAGGAGAGGGCGCCGAUCAGCUUGACGGGUUUAAGCCCUGCAGUGGAGCACCAGUCAGAGCCAGAGGAACUCUUCCUCAGCUCCCUAGCAGCAGAUGCGAUGCAGACAACCCCCCCCAGGAUUCCCCCCAGUCAACUGAGCGCCGAGGAGAGGGAGCGGAGGAAGAGGGAAAACCUGGAGAGGAAGGCUCUGAGCAGAAGCAAGGGGGGCGGCGCCGUGUUCUCCCCCCUCACGUCCUACGUCACGGCGGAAACAGAGCUCAGGGAGCUCAUCAACGGGCUGGAGGAUGCGGUCAUGGUCGGCCUGCACACAUGCGGCGACUUGGCUCCCAGCACCCUCCGGAUGUUUGUGGCCAGGCCGGAGCUGGCCGCCGUCUGCAGCGUGGGCUGCUGCUACCACCUGCUGUCUGAGGAGUUCGACCCGGCCGCGCAGGAAGCGUCCCACAGUGCGUGUGGCUUCCCCCUGAGUCAGCACCUCCGCGACCAGUCCUGGUUCUGUGGCAGGAACGCGAGGAUGUCGGCGUGUUUGGCUCUGGAGAGAGUUUCGCUUGGCCAGGGGAUUCAGAUGGAGUCCCUGUUCUACCGCGCAGUCCUGCACGUUAUUCUGAGAGACCACUACGGCUCCCACAAAAGUGAAAAGCGAGUGGGGAACGUUUACUCCAAGGCUGAGUCGUUCGUCGACUACGUCCGCCGAGCCCUCCGCAGACUGGACCUGGACGAAUGGAAGCUUUCUGACGGCGACAUCCAGCACUAUCACGACGCGUACAGGCCACGGAUGGGGGAGAUGCACGCCUUUAAUCUGCUGAAGGUGACCCUGGCCCCGUGCAUCGAAGGCCUGAUCCUCCUGGACCGUCUCUGCUUCCUGAAGGAACAGGAGGACGUGCCGUUCUCUGCGCUGGUGCAGCUCUUUGACCCCCUGCUGUCGCCGCGAUGCUACGCUGUCGUGGGACUGAAACCUCACACAAACAGCACGAGGAGCUGACAAACACAUUCACAUGCACACAGAUGUGGAUGGUUGUACACGAUCAGUGAAUAUACUUUAAUGGUGAUGCAUAAGUGGGUGACUUCUUCUGAACUGUGUCGUUUUCUUAAUUCUGUUUUUACUGCUUUUACUGGUUCUGAUGGGAGAAUAAAGCUCAGAUGUUUUUGCA